CAGUGUAGCAACAUGGCGGCCCACAGACUCUCUCCAUCCCUGAACAGGCUGCUCUUCACUGUAAAGUAUGCCUCAUUCCAGUCCAAUUGCUGUGCAGUGCACAGCCACGUUCAAUAUUCCACCACCUACAAUCCCAGUGAAAAGACAUUUGAUAAGAUCCUCAUCGCCAACAGAGGGGAGAUUGCUUGCAGAGUGAUCAAGACUUGUCAGAAUAUGGGCAUCCAGUCUGUAGCUGUUCACAGUGAUGUAGACUCCAACGCUGUUCAUGUAAAGAUGGCUGAUGAAGCAGUGUGUGUAGGUCCCGCACCCACCAGUAAGAGCUAUCUGAACAUGGAUGCCAUUAUGGAUGCCAUCAGAGUGACUGGAGCACAAGCUGUACAUCCUGGCUAUGGGUUUCUCUCUGAAAACAAAGAGUUUGCAAAGCGACUGGCGGCAGAGGAUGUGACAUUCAUUGGCCCAGACACCCAGGCUAUCCAGGCAAUGGGGGAUAAAAUUGAGAGCAAGCUGAUCGCUAAGGCUGCUAAGGUCAAUACUAUCCCAGGCUUCGAUGGAGUCGUCAAGAAUGCUGAGGAAGCUGUGAAGAUUGCACAGGACAUUGGCUACCCAGUGAUGAUCAAAGCAUCUGCAGGAGGAGGAGGGAAAGGAAUGAGGAUUGCUUGGAAUGAUGAGGAGACAAGGGAAGGUUUCCGGUUCUCAUCCCAGGAAGCAGCUUCCAGCUUUGGAGAUGACAGGCUGCUCAUCGAGAAGUACAUCGACAGCCCCAGACACAUAGAGAUACAGGUGCUGGCUGAUAAACAUGGUAAUGCUCUGUGGCUGAAUGAGAGGGAGUGCUCCAUCCAGAGGAGGAACCAGAAGGUUGUGGAAGAGGCUCCAAGUACUUUCCUCGACCCAGUGACACGGCAGGCGAUGGGUGAGCAGGCAGUGCAGCUGGCCAAGGCUGUAAACUACUCCUCCGCUGGCACCGUGGAGUUCCUGGUGGAUUCUAAGAAGAACUUCUACUUCUUGGAAAUGAAUACACGACUACAGGUGGAACACCCCAUUACAGAGUGUAUUACUGGUCUGGACCUGGUGGAGCAGAUGAUCAGAGUUGCCAAAGGUUAUCGUCUACAGCACAAACAAGAAGAUAUCCCAAUAAACGGCUGGGCCAUUGAGAGCCGCGUCUAUGCUGAGGAUCCUUACAAAUCUUUCGGUCUUCCCUCCAUUGGACGACUGUCUCAAUACCAAGAGCCACUCAACCUCAGCAAUGUCCGUGUAGACAGUGGCAUCCAGGAAGGAAGUGAUAUCAGCAUCUACUAUGAUCCCAUGAUCUCUAAGUUGGUUACUUAUGGAGCUACACGAGCUGAAGCCCUUGCCAGGAUGGAGGACGCACUGGAUAACUACGUUAUCAGAGGUGUGACCCACAACAUUCCCCUCUUGCGGGAAAUCAUCACCCACCCCCGCUUUAUCUCUGGUGACAUCAGCACCAACUUUCUGCCCGAGGUUUACCCCGAUGGCUUCAAGGGUCACCUGCUUGAUGUGAACACACGGAGGGAGCUGUUGGCCUCAGCAGCAGCACUCUACAUCACUGCUCAGCUCCGUUCAGAGAAGGUCCUGGGUAACCUGAGAGUGUCCUCCAUCCCUGUGGAAUGUAGCACCUGGAAGCUGUGUGCGGAGCUGGGGGAGGGAUGUCAUUCUAUGGAGGUCAUGAAAUCAGGAAAUGUUUAUACUGUGGAGGUGGAUGGAGGAAAGGUGGAAGUCAGUGGACAGUGGAACUUGGCCUCCCCACUGCUUCCACUCAGCAUCAAUGGCACACACAGGAUGCUCCAGUGUCUGCACAGAGAUGCUUCAGGAAAGAUUGUCCUGCAGUACCAGGGCACAUCGUUUAAGGUUCGUGUUCUGUCCAAGUUGGCUGCAGAGUUGAACUCCUACAUGCCAGAGAAAGUUCCAGAAGACACCAGCAGCAUCUUGCGUUCACCAAUGCCAGGCACAGUGGUGGCUGUGUCUGUCAAUCCUGGAGAUACGCCUAAGGCCAAGAAGCAACUGUCCCUUAAAGUCCCUAAAGAUGACUUGAUGACAGAGGAGACCAAAAAUAAUCUGGAUGGUCCUGAAGAUAAAGGAGAUAAAGGCUCUGCUCCAAGUUGCAGCAGCAUAAGCAGCAUAGGAUCAGGAUCAAAUUCCAAAGUGGAGUUCCUAGAAGCCAGGAUCCAAUGGCAAGAAAAAAUAAUAAAGUAUCUUGAGCAAGAGCGCAAUUUCUUGCGUGAGCAAAUCAUGGGAAAGAAGAGAUCAUCUCAACCUAAAGUAUUUACUUUGGAGGACGACAAUGAGGAUGAUGACGGCAACAUGGAUGAAGAUGAUGUCAUUCCCCCAUCUUCUUCAUCAGUGAGUCCUCGGACAGUGAUGUUGUCAUCCAAAGAAGGAAGAAACGUCGGACACAGCCACCUGCAUCUGCAACUGUGGCUGUGCCUGGAAAAGCUCAUGUAA